CGGGCUGUGGUGGAAAGAACAUGGCGUCCCGGGGAUGGUCUGCGAUGGUGAGAAGGCUGCAGACAACGCGAUGUAUUCGAGGAACAUCGCCUUUGGGAGGUGCAAAUUACUCUGCAGCAAAAGAAAUAGGUAGCAAAGUUUACAGGAGGUCAUUCAUAACAUCCCUUUUUCGUCAUGGUAAGGCGAUCACACACCUCAGAAAAGUCAGAAAACGACAAAUAUCGUAGGCUUCCAAAUCUAACCAUAAAAACUUAUGAUGUGGGCUGUAAAAAAAGGCUAAAAUAAACCUCAUUGUGAUCGCUGUUUUUUGGGGGGAGGAAAAGACAACUGUCAUUUUUCAACUGGUUGGGCUUGAUCGAUUUAGUAUUAAAGGAGGAAUCAAAGGCAUAGAUUUCCAAAUGCAUUGUUGCAUAAACGUGAGUGUUAUUGUUGUUCUUUGGAUAGAGGAUGAUCUUUGGUCAGGUGGCGAUUUAUUAGCGUGGUUACUUAGAUUUAAAUGUGAUUUCCGCGAUACUCCUGUGUUGUCCAAAAAUAGACUCCAAUGGAGUUGGGGAUGUGGGGGAGUGUUGGGCUACACAAUGCCUUUUUUGCUGGGGUAUUGGCUUUAGAGUUUUAAUUAUAUCAGGGUAUGGGCUUUUGCCUUCACACUCCAAAGACUAGGUUUGUGUCACAUCAAUCAAACAAACUUGUCAAAUGUAGAUUAUUGUGAGGGUGGGAGAUAAGUGUAUUUUUUGUUAUCAAUAGGGUAAGGGUUUGAUGUCCAGAGUAGAAUGCACACACCAAAACUUGGGUUGAGAAUACUAUUAUUAUUAUUAAUAUUGAUAUUAUUAUUAUCUACACCCAGGGAACUAUUUCAGUGACAAAUCAAACCUUUUAUUUUACUACAAGAUGAGACUUGAACUGUUUGUUCUAGCUGCAGCGUCCUUUUCUCUCUUUUCAUGUUUGAUCUUUGUCCAUCCCUGGAAAAAGAAAACAAAAAACAAGGAAGAGAACAAAAACAUUUGUAUACCUUGUUUCUUAAAUAGUGACAAAUGUAGUUACAUUUCUUCUUCCAUCUUGAUGAUUGGCUUUUGAUGCAUUCAUGAAAAGUUCUCUUAAUGGAAUUGUCUGGAUAUGAUCAAGGCAAAGAGGACUAGCAAUCAAUAUAAAUAUGAAAGAAUAUUUGAACUGCCACCAGUUUUAAAUGAUAAGGCUUAUUAGGAGAUAACAUUAUUAUAUAACAUACAAAUUCAUGAAACUUGUCAUUUAUGAUUUUCAAGCUGUCCCCACAACACAAAUCCUCAUGCCAGCUCUAUCACCGACAAUGGAGGAAGGAACUAUUGUGAAGUGGCUAAAAAAGGAAGGUGACAAUGUCUCCCCAGGGGACGUACUUUGUGAGAUUGAAACUGAUAAGGCUACAAUCUCCAUGGAUACUGAAGAGGAAGGAAUUUUGGCAAAGAUAAUAGUCCCAGAGGGAAGCACAAAUGUAAAGAUAAAUAAACUGAUUGCACUGAUGGUGGAGGAGGGUGUGGACUAUACGCAGGUUGAAGUUCCAAUAGAUACAGGUACAUUGAGACCUUCAAUUUAAUACACCCUUUAUUAUUUACUCCCCUUAUGAAAAUUUGUGGAUCCUCUUAAGCCUCAUGAUUCAAACAAACAAAAAUGUUUUGAGUUAAAAGUCUCUGACAGGAGACUGAAAGACUGACUUGGCUUAUUGUCAUAGUUCUAAUUAAUGAUUAAGUAACUUAAUCAUGGAGAGAAAAAAAAAAAGAAUUGUCUCAGUUAGGCUGCCUUUAGUAUAAACACUGAGUCUCGGAUUGCAUUGGUGACAAUAACCCUAUAGAGUUCUUAGAAAAGAGAGUCUAUUGCAGUCAACCCUGACACUUGUAAUUUUAUUAUGUUUUGUUUGAAAAAGAAAUGAAAUUGUUCUAUCAAGCACUAAUAUUAACCAUUCGUUCUCUUAAGAUGAGUCAGACAAAACAGAAGUUUCUUCAGAUCAGAGCAGCAGUACUGGUCACAGUGACACCACUGUGCUGAUAUCACCAGCUGUUAGACUACUUCUUGAGACAUAUCAGCUGAAUCCUGGACUCAUUCCAGCCACUGGUCCUAAAGGAAGACUGCUCAAGGGUGAUGUGUUGAGGUUCGUGGCUCAAGGUGGAAAGCCCUUCAUGAAACCAGAAGAAGCUAAGAUUCCUAUGCAAGCUGCCCGACCAUCAGAAAAUGUUCAGUCAGCUUUGUCUCAGCCAACAGUUCCACCCCAAAAAACUAAACCCUCAACUCAGACAAGUGGUAGGUACACUGUUUUCUCUUUAACACCAUUAUUCUAACUGAAGAAGGGUGUGACUAUUUUGGCUCCAUUAAAUAUGAAAUAAACAGUGAGUCUAUGGCCCAUUUGUCUCUUUAUGAUGCAUAAUUAGGGCUAUAGAAUGGAAAAUUUAAGACUGCAAGACCCCGGUUUCAAAAUUUGAGACUUAAGAAAACGAGACUUGGAGACCUAUCAGAAAUGCUUCCAAGAUUUUGAGAUUGGCCCCAAAUUUUCAGAGGCCCAAGAAUUUCGAGGAACCAUUCUUUACCCGUUGCAUUAAUGGGCAAUAUGUACCCUUACAAUGAGCCAAGACUAGCUACAGGUCUCUAUGGCCUUGGGUCACCAUGACAUUUUGGAUCUUUGUUAAUAUAAUAAGAAUGCUAGCUACAUUAUACUGCACCUGCUCCAUGAAGAACACGCUUAGGAGGGACUACUGUGAUUGAAGAUUAAAGGAGGUUCAUAGAUGGGGUUGGAAAAAUAUUAAUAUUUGAAUUUUUGAGGGCAACAGUGCAAUAAUUAGUUUUCUUUGAAGUUAUAGGAGCCUAUUCAUUUCUUUAAGUUAACACCUUAUUGUCUAUGAGUAAUGUAAAAUUGUAGGGGUUGGAGUUGAUUUACAUCUAUGAAUUGUCAAUCCCUGGUUUUUAAGCCUUGUUGUUAAUAACAGUUUUCACUUCUUUAAAACUCAGUAGAUUAAUAAUAUUAUUGCAUUCUGUUUUGCAGACACAAAGCUUGUUUCACCAAAACCAUCUGAUGCAGUUGUCACAACAAAAUACAUUGACAUACCUAACACAAGUAUGAGGAGUACUAUUGCUAAGAGACUUGCGGAAUCUAAAGCUACUGUUCCACACACUUAUGCUUCUACAAACUGUGUUAUGAACAAUCUUAUUGAACUGAGAAAAGGUCUUGAGGUGAAGGUUUCUAUAAACGAUUUUGUCAUCAAAGCAGCGGCCUUGGCUCUGAGGCAGGUUCCAGACAUGAAUGCCAUCUGGGAUGGGAAAGAGGCUCAGUUACUUAGUGAUGUAGAUAUCUCUGUUGCUGUGGCAACUGACUCAGGGCUUAUAACACCGAUUGUUAAAACAGCGGAUAAUCUACAAGUUGCAGAGAUUUCUUCUGUUCUCAAGGUAAUAAUUCAGUAAUAGAAGCAUGUCCAUGAUUUCUUGUAAUUUUAGCUCAAUGAUUCAUGCAAGGUGUCUUUAGAACUUUGCAUCCCUUUUAACUGCUGUAAGUGCACUGGCGGUCUCUUUUAAAUAGGAAUCAAUCACGAAAAUAGAACUUUUUCUUGACUAUAUAACGCCAUAAAAUUCAUCUGUUAACCCUUUGGGCCCUUUCACUGACCCAAAUGACUCAUUUCCCUACCCUUUCGUAUGGUUGUUGUUUGUUCCCUCUGCAGCCAUUGUACAUCCCUCGAAGUACAAGCGGAGGGUUGGGGGGACUGAAAAAGGUUUAUACACUUGAAAUGUUUGUUUUUCCAAUACCUGAUAUCCAUCCUAUCAGUACUCAAGAGAUGGAGAUAGGCUGCAGCUGUUGGAGACCCUGUGGCUCAACUUUUCCUUUUAUCAACUUUUUAAAAAGGAUUUUGUUUCAACCAUUUACUAUUUUUUACAGGGACUUUGUUUAGUAAGCUGUUAAGAGAACAUUUUAGUGAGAGGAUGCAGUUUUUUUUGUCUGAUUAAGCAUUUUUCUUGCCCAUACAGUGUGGACCAAUGUAGACUCCGUGUUAGUAGGAGGCAAUAGAUAAAACCAAAUUAUACAUGCUUUCAAGUUGUUUCCUAAACAGAUUAAGUGUGAAUGUUUGUUAGAAUUCCAUUUGCACAUCGUAAGGUUUUCUCUAGAAAUUAUUAGUAUUCCUUCCCUUCCCCUUUUGCCACCCUCUUUUCCACAUGUUUGCACUCUGUGCUUCCAUAUCACAGGAAACAUUAUUUUGCUUUCAGGCUACACAUUAAUAACCCUCUAUUUUUUUUCCAGGACCUGGCAAGCCGCGCAAGAGAAGGCAAGUUAAAAUUGCAUGAGUUCCAAGGUGGCUCCUUCACUAUUUCCAACCUUGGAAUGUUUGGUAUCACUGAGUUUUCUGCAGUCAUUAAUCCACCACAGGCCUGCAUUAUGGCUGUAGGUGGUACCCAUCCUGUGCUCACCGCAGAAGAGGAAAUCCAAAGUGUGAUGACAGUCACCUUGUCAUGUGAUCGUAGGAUGGUGGACGAUGAAUUAGCUGCCAGAUGGCUAGAAAAUUUCAAAAAGAACAUAGAAAGUCCAUCUCGACUACUUCUGUAAAAAUGUCAAUAUAUUUUCUCCUGGGAUUGUAAAUCAAGGACAAAGACUGAUAAUAAUGUGAUCAGUUAUUUGAAAGAUUUUAAAAGUGAG